CAAGGAGAAGACCCAGUCAUCGGUGUCUGGCGUGCCAGCCUGCUCCACCACCACCCUGGCUUUCCCUGAGCUCUACUCCUUGCCCGGGCCCAUCAAAAGCGAGGCCAUGAAGACUGAGAAGGAUGAGGCUCUGCCCACCUUCUCUGUGGGCAGCCCCACUGGAGAUGGGGGAGGUGGCAGUGACCCGACCCUGUCCUGCGGCCAGAUGCCGGCGGCGGGGAGCGCAGGAGCACAAGUGCAGGAUCUGCGGCUGCUGAAGCGCCGGCCUGUCCCUGGAAAGCACUACCAGUGCUCAAGCUAUGGCUGCAAACUGGCCUUCCACAGCAUGCAGGAACUGAUGGAUCACUUGAAAGUCCACUACAGACCCACACAGUCCCUCGAGGGCAAAACCUUCCACUGCCCCACUCUGGGCUGCAGCGAGACCUUCCCCAGCAUGCAGGACCUCAUGAGCCACAUGAAGGUGCACUACAAGCCAAACCGCUACUUCAAGUGCGAGAACUGCCUGCUGCGCUUCCGGACGCACCGGUCGCUCUUCAAGCACCUGCACGUCUGCUCCGACAGCGCCAGCAGCUCCGUGGCAGCCCCCAGAGCCGAGAAGCCCAUCCUAGCCGCUACCUCUGCCCUGGAGAAGGAGGCCUUGGCCAAGCCACUCGAAGGGCUGCCCAAGCUCCAGGGGGUCAUCCGGCACAUGGAGAAAGAAGCCAUGCUCCCCGGCACGGACACAGCGGCCGCCGCGGCUGCCGGCCUCCACGGCUCGCUGGAGGCCGCGCCGCUGGUCUCGCCGGCCACCCACCCCUUCCCGCUGCUGGAGCCCAACCCUUUCGGGCCGUCGUCCUUGACUCGGUUCUCGGGGCCUCCCCAUUCCUCGGGGCCAGGGCCCUUUGUGUCCUAUGUGCACCCCUCAUCCUACAGCUUACCUCAGGCGUCGCUGCAGCACCGCCUCCGGCCCUACGUGCCCGGCCAGGGCCUGCCCGUCUCCAACGCUGUGUGGAAGAAGAGCCAAGGUGCGAGCGCCAGCCCGCUGCUCCCAUCCUUUGGCUCAGCAGGGACCACAGGGCACGCGUCCAACAGCCGCAUYGUGUGGGAGCACACGCGGGGCCGCUACACGUGCACGCAGUGCCCCUACUCCACCGCCUCGCGGGACGAGAUGACGCUGCACAUCGAGGAGCACCGCAAGAACCCGCCGCCGCCCGCCCGCCUCGACGGCGACGUGGAUUUUGCCGUGGGCAUCCCCUCCUUCCACACAAAGCUGCCGCCGGAGAUGGAGAACUCCCUGUACUCGCAGCUCUGAUGCCGCCCGGCUCCUGCUGGGCCAACUCUUUGCUUCGUUGUUCCCCACCCCUCUUUCUUUCCGCUCUCCUUUUCGCCUCCCGGCCUGGGCAGGGAGCUAGGGCAUGAACCCCGUGCCAGGGGCGCCCAUGAACAGCCCCCCUCGCACCCCCAGCAUGGGGGUGACACCAGGCCAACCGCUGCAGCGCAGCGGCUGCGGAGGGGGGGAACUUYCUUGUUUUCUGGACUUUUCCCUUCCCUCUCCUUUUAAUUUUUGGAAACGGCAAGCCCUGGAGCAUCCUGCAUCGCUCUUUUACCCUCCGCCCUGCAAGGUUCUCUUGCUUCAGAUCCAGGGGUUCUUGCUCGAGCCUGGUAGGUUGCUCAGGAGUUAGCGGACUUCUCGGGAACGAGGUCUCUACAUAAUAAAUGGGAAUUGUACAGGA